UGGCGUCCAGUGCAUGGAAAGAAGAAGAACAAAAAAAUCAGAUUUGUUGAAACCCUCUUACUUCGAUAGAAUUUCAGCUGAAACAUGGAUAAUUUCGGCUUUGGAGGAGUCGAGCUAAGCAAAGGACAAAUGUUCCAAGUCCUGAUUCGUCUGUCUGUGGCUUCACUGAUAACAUAUUAUUCGGUGAAAUGGAUGAUGAACCAGAUGGACCCGACUAGUAAAAAUAAGAAAAAAGCUAAAAUCUUAGCAGAAGAGCAGUUGAAGAGACUGGCCGAGAAAGACGGGUUCAAACUGAACCCACAGGAAUUCAACGACUAUGAGUUAAUGAUUGCGUCACAUUUGGUUGUUCCCGCCGACAUAACAGUCAGUUGGACCGAUAUCGCAGGUCUGGAUUCUGUCAUUCAAGAGCUCCGAGAAUCAGUGGUUCUGCCUGUCCAGCACAAGGAUCUCUUCAAGCGCUCAAAGCUUUGGCAAGCGCCGAAAGGCGUUCUUCUCCACGGACCGCCUGGUUGCGGAAAAACGCUAAUAGCCAAGGCCACGGCAAAGGAGGCGGGAAUGCGCUUUAUCAACUUGGACGUCGCCAUUCUCACCGAUAAAUGGUACGGGGAAUCCCAGAAACUGACUUCCGCCGUCUUUUCCCUUGCUGCGAAAAUCGAGCCAUGCAUUAUUUUUAUUGACGAAAUCGAUUCCUUUCUGCGAUCCCGGAACUUGAACGACCACGAGGCCACCGCUAUGAUGAAAACCCAGUUCAUGAUGCUGUGGGAUGGCCUCAGUACGAAUUCCAACUCAACGGUGAUUGUGAUGGGCGCCACAAACAGGCCUCAGGAUUUGGAUAAGGCCAUUGUCCGCCGCAUGCCAGCCCAGUUCCACAUUGGCCUCCCUUCCGAGACACAGCGAAACGACAUCCUUAAAUUAAUACUGCAAUCGGAAGAAAUAAGCCAAGAUGUUGACUUGAAUCGUUUGUCUAAGCUCACGAAUGGCUUCUCAGGCUCAGACCUGAGAGAAAUGUGUCGCAAUGCAUCAGUUUUCAGGAUGCGGCAGCUUAUCGUGGCGAGUGACCAAUCCGGUGAAGCCCUGGACCGAAAUAACGUUAACAUCACCAUGGAUGAUUUGCUAAACUCACACUUAAAAAUUAAGGAGUCUAAAAUGCACACGGGAAGCCUAUUUUUAGAGAAUAGAAUCGAGUUAGACUAAGUUCACUUUUGUUGAUUUUAUACAGUCAAUAUAUCCAUAACACGUAUGUCUAAUAAUAUUUUGUUUGAUCUUUGUGUGUAAUGGAAUGAUCUUACUUAAUAUGGAGAAGUUGCAUAAAGAGUAAAAAAAGUUCGUAAAAAUUA